AUGAACAACUCUACAACGUUGUCUCUCUCUAUAAAUCCCUCUCUCUCUCCUCCUUUUCCUUCAGCUGCCGCGUUCACAACAACCCCAUCUUCUUUUUCCACUUUCCCUCAGAACUCUCUUAGAUUUACUUGUUUUCAAUCCUUUGGGCCAAAACCCAUUACUCCCUUUUGCAGAAAAGCACGAUUGGGCUCUCUUCAGGGUUUAACGAGUGCGAGAAGCAGAAAAAGAUUGGUGCUUGGAGCCACCAACAUGACUAUAGCGGAGGAUAGUUUGUUGGAGGUGGUGGAGGAGGAAGAGGGUCCUCCUGAUUUUUCUUUGCUUGAUCCAGAGAACAGCUCUAGGCCUCGUAGAAUCGCGCUCUUCGUUGAGCCUUCUCCUUUUGCGUAUGUCUCAGGAUACAAAAAUCGGUUCCAGAAUUUUAUAAAAUACCUUCGUGAAAUGGGAGAUGAGGUAAUGGUUGUGACAACACAUGAAGGAGUACCCAAGGAAUUUUAUGGAGCCAAAUUAAUUGGAUCCCGGAGCUUCCCCUGUCCGUGGUAUCAAAAGGUCCCCCUUUCUUUGGCACUGAGUCCAAGAAUAAUUUCUGCAGUUGCUCAGUUUAAGCCAGACAUAAUACAUGCAUCAUCGCCAGGCAUAAUGGUGUUUGGUGCCCUCAUCAUCGCAAAGCUGCUAAGUGUUCCUAUUGUCAUGUCCUAUCACACCCACGUACCAGUAUACAUUCCAAGGUACACCUUUAGCUGGCUGGUGCAACCCAUGUGGUGGGUCAUAAAAUUUCUGCAUACAGCAGCUGAUCUUACUCUGGUGCCAUCAGCUGCCAUUGGAAGGGAUCUUGAAGCAGCUAGAGCAACAGCAGCUAACAAGAUCCGUCUUUGGAACAAGGGUGUCGAUUCUGAAAGUUUCCAUCCACGAUUCAAGUCCCAUGAAAUGAGACUAAGACUGAGCAAUGGUGAACCUGAGAAGCCCUUGAUAGUUCAUGUUGGACGGCUUGGAGUUGAGAAGAGUUUAGAUUUUCUCAAAAGUCUCAUGGAUAGGCUUCCUGAAGCACGAAUUGCCUUUAUCGGAGAUGGACCCUACAGGGAGGACCUAGAGAAACUGUUUGAAGGCAUGCCAGCAGUGUUCACUGGGAUGCUGGGAGGGGAAGAACUGUCUCAAGCAUAUGCAAGUGGAGAUGUAUUUGUUAUGCCUUCUGAGUCAGAGACACUUGGCCUUGUUGUUUUGGAGGCCAUGUCAUCAGGGAUCCCUGUGGUGGGAGCACGUGCUGGUGGCAUCCCAGACAUAAUCCCUGAAGACCAAGAUGGAAAAAUUGGUUUCCUCUAUACUCCGGGUGAUCUUGAAGACUGUUUAAGCAAACUGAAGCCUCUUUUGGAUGACAAAGAGUUGAGACAAAAAAUGGGAAUAACUGCACGUUUGGAGAUGGAGAAGUAUGAUUGGAGAGCAGCCACUAGAAAAAUUCGCAAUGAAAAUUACAAUGCUGCCAUUUGGUUCUGGCGCAAGAAAAGGGCUCAACUGUUGAGACCCUUUCAAUGGUUGGCUCAACGAAUUUUCCCGUCAUCUCCUGAUGAAGAAGUCACCUUGUAA